AACACGCAAACAACCACACCGCAAGAAAGAAGCAAUAAAAAUUGAGAGAGACUUUAACACAUUGCUUUGUGCUUUCGUCUUCUUCUUUUUCUUCUUCUUCUUCUUCUACUCUUGAUUCCAGUAACCUUCGUUUCCUUCUGGAAACUUCUUUCUUAUUCGUUUUGUUGUUGAAGUCUUCUUUAAUCUCUCUCUCUCUCUCUGUCUCUCUUAGCCUCCGAUCGGUCCAAUUCGCUUCCAUGGCUACGAUCGGACACAACAAUCUCAACGCCAAAUUGGUUCUGCUGGGGGAUAUGGGUGCAGGAAAAUCCAGCCUCGUUUUGCGCUUUGUUAAGGGUCAAUUCCUUGAAUUUCAGGAAUCAACAAUUGGGGCAGCAUUCUUUUCGCAGACAUUGGCUGUAAAUGAUGCCACAGUGAAAUUUGAGAUCUGGGACACAGCCGGACAAGAAAGAUACCAUAGUUUGGCUCCCAUGUACUACAGAGGCGCUGCUGCGGCUAUCAUUGUCUAUGAUAUUUCUAGCACAGAUUCAUUUACACGAGCUAAGAAGUGGGUCCAAGAGCUUCAAAAGCAAGGUAACCCUAACAUGGUCAUGGCACUUGCUGGUAACAAAGCUGACUUGGAAGAUAAGCGCAAAGUGGCAGCUGAAGAAGCACGUGCAUAUGCUGAGGAAAAUGGUCUGUUUUUCAUGGAGACAUCUGCCAAAACUGCAUCCAAUGUUAAUGAAAUAUUCUAUGAAAUAGCAGCCAAGAGGUUACCAAGGGCUCAACCAGCGCAAAACCCGGCGGGGAUGGUUCUAGUUGAUAGACCCGCAGAAGGAUCCAGAGCUGCAUCAUGUUGUUCAUAAAUAUAUUUUUUCUUUUAUUCUAUAGGUUGUAGCACUAAACAAAAUUUCAUGGUCCUGCUUUGGUGAAGCUUCAACGAGUUUGAUGGGCUUCCUAGAUGAAUGGAUACAAAUUAAUAUGAAAUAAACUUGUUGGAGCUAAAUGUGUCCCCCUUGAGUUGAAUGUAUAUUUUCGUUAAUUUCUUGAGUAAAGAGUUAAAUGCAUUUAUGUAUUUAAAAAGGUUAGCGACUCUGAUCCUUCCAUUCUCCGCACCCUCUUUUCUUUUAUUGUUCCUUGUCGAUAAACUUGUUUCACAUAAUGUUAUUCGUUAUGAUAUUAUUGGUAUUA